AUGGCACCUUGGACACAUUUGAUCCGCUUCAUUGCCGAGGAAGACGGCCAGAUUCAUCUGGGCCAGGUCGACCCGGAAGAAUUCCCUGAUAUCGGGAUAGCUGUGUUUGAGGGCAAACGGAUAAGUGCAAAACUUAUCACUGGCGACAUAUUCGAUGGUGUUGUGUCGGAUACACUCUUACAUGUCGGAACGCUCCUCUCACCGAUCUCUGUAGAUGAGGUCCCAAUAAUUCGUUGCAUGGGACUCAACUACCGCGACCACGCGCGAGAAGCCAACAUGCCAAUCCCAGACGUCCCGGUACUGUUUAUCAAACCGCGAACUGCAAUCAAUGGGCCAUUCCCAGCAAAGAUUCCAGUACCCAAGAUCGCACAAGAUGGGACAAGUGACUACGAGGCCGAGUUGAGCUUCGUUAUUUCCAAGACUGGGAAAGACAUCCCUGAAGACAAAGCUUUGGGCUACGUUCUAGGGUACACAGCCAGCAACGAUGUCAGUGCGAGAGCACAGCAGUUUAAAAACAGCCAAUGGAGCUUUUCAAAAGGCUUCGAUGGGUCAUGCCCCUUGGGCCCAGUCCUCGUUUCUUCUUCUGCGAUAAAAGACCCGCAUUCUCUUCGGAUCAAGGCUAUCCACAACGGUAUCACGGUGCAGGACUCCAACACAAAUGAGAUGAUAUUCCAAGUUGCUCAGAUUAUUUCUUUUUUAUCUCGUGGCACGACCCUUGAAAGAGGGACUGUAAUUAUGACAGGCACUGGGCCCGGUAUCGGGGCGAUGCGCGAUCCAAAGGUCGUGCUCAACCAUGGCGAUGAUAUUCGUGUUGAGGUACAACAUGUCGGAACUUUGAUCAACCAGGUAUAUUACGAGUGA